UUUUCUAUAUGAUUUUUUUUUAUAUAUUUUGGUGUGGAAAAAGUCUCAAUUCCAGAAAGAAUAAUGUAUUGAUAAAGGUAUUGUAAAGUAUCAAUCUACGCAAACACCGUGUAGAUUGGUUCUAACCAAAUAAAUAGAAAACAAGAAAUCUUGAAAACCAACGGGCGGCGAUUUUGUCGUAUGUCGUCUCCAACUAAACCUUCGGCCGCCAUGAACGACGAGAAGGCACCGUCGUCUGAGCAGAAGAAGACGUUACCAUUGGUACUCUCACCGAUCACGAAUCUGUUUCUUCCUGACGACAUACUUUUGAGCUCCCUAAGCCGCAUUUCAAGAUUGUAUUACCCAACCUUCUCCCUCGUCUCCAAGAGUUUCCGCGGUCUCGUUGCUUCUCCUGAGCUUUAUAAGACUCGGUCCAUCCUCGGUCGCACCGAGAGUUGUCUUUAUGUGUGCCUAAGGUUACUUAACGACUCUAACCUCCGAUGGUACACUCUCUGUCGGGUUCCGGAUCGGAAACUAACAAAUUUCUCAGGCGGUCAUUUAUUGGUCCCGAUCCUAUCUCGCCAUGCUCCUCCUCCUGCUCAUUGGUCCAGUGUGGUCGCUGUUGAUUCUAAUAUCUACGCUAUUGGAGGGCCUAUCAAUGAUGCGCCAUCCUCUAGCGUCUCGGUCUUGGAUUGUCAGUGUGACACGUGGCGUGAAGCUCCACCCAUGCGGAUGGCACGGAACUACCCUACUGCGACCGUUCUUGACGGGAAGAUAUAUGUAGCAGGAGGCUGCGAGGAUUGCACUUCAUUGGAUUGUAUAGAGGUGUUUGACCCAAAAACUCAAAUUUGGGACUCUUUGGCAAGUCCUGGCACUGAGAGAUGUGAGAGACUUGUAUAUAAGAGCGUUGGGCUUGAAGGCAAAUAUCACUUGUUUGGAGGUGCGGGACGUCAUGUGGCUUACGACCCGAAAGAAGGAGGUAGAUGGGACUCAAUUGGAAUGGAUAUGGUCGAUAUGGGUCGUCGAACAUGGGUUUCGUAUUGUGUGGUAAACAAUAUAUUGUUCUAUUAUAAUGAUAUUGAUAGGAAGUUUAAAUGGUAUGACUAUAAAGGAAGGUUUUGGAGAAAACUCAAGGGUUUGGGACGGCUGAUCAAGUUUCUCUCCUAUAGCCGUGUUAACUUAGCGGCUUACGGUGAAAAGAUGGCGGUUAUGUGGGACACUUUUGUGCCUUCUAGCUCAAAGAACAAGAUGAUUUGGUGCGCGGAAAUUACAAUUGAAAGGCACGAAAAAUACGAGAUUUGCGGUAAGACCGAGUGGUUCGAUGUUGUGCUUAGAGUUCCCAAAUCAUAUGAAUUGGUGCAUGUUCUUGCUGCUACUGUUUGAAUUGAUGAUGGUGAUUCGCCGGAGUAUUAUUGUGU